ACUUCGAUCCCUCUGCCGUGCUUCGCGACACGCCACAAGCUAUCUAUCCAACGCCGGCGUCAUAUAUUUUCAUGUCAUGUAUCUAUGCGUGUGACAUGGUCACGCCCGACGUCAUCGUUGCCCGAACCAAAUUUCCUCUCUCCCUCGUAAGUACUCCAUAUAAAUAAAUGUACAUGUGCACUGGUGGCUUUGUAUUCUCCACGCUGCUAAAGACCCAGCAGGCAUAUAGAUCGGUCCUCGUCAAGCCGCCCCGAAGGUGAUUCACGGGUGCACCGCUGCACUUUGCCGGCCAGCUCGAUCAGGGGGAGGCCCGACGAAGACGUGGCAGCAGAGGUCCGAGUCCGAUCCAUGGGCGAGGAAGCAGCGGCCGCGCCCACCGUGGCAGCAGCGGCAGCGACAGGAACCGGCGGCGCCCCGCCGCACCUGCUCCUGAUCUGCUUCCCUGGCCAAGGCCACGUGAACCCGAUGCUCCGCCUGGCGAAGCGCAUCGCGGCGAAAGGUCUCCUGGUGACCUUCUCCUCGGUCUCCACCGUCGGCGCGAAGCUGGCCGCGUCGGCGGGCGUGUCGGCCGGCGGCGACGGCGUGGCCGUGGGCCGUGGCCGCGUCCGGUUCGAGUUCCUCGACGACGAGGACCCCGGCCCUGACCUGGACGACCUCAUGCGGCACCUCGCCAGGGAAGGACCGCCGGCGUUCGCGAAGCUGCUGGCGCGGCAGGCGGCGGAGCGCAGGCCCGUGGCGUGCGUGGUGGUGAACCCGUUCAUGCCGUGGGCGGCCGACGUGGCCGCCGACGCCGGGAUCCCGUCGGCGGUGCUGUGGGUGCAGUCGUGCGCGGUGUUCUCCCUCUACUACCACCACGUGCACGGCCUUGUCGAGUUCCCGCGCGAGGACGACCCCGACGCGCGGUUCACGCUGCCGGGUCUCCCCGAGAUGUCCGUCGCCGACGUGCCGUCGUUCCUGCUGCCGUCCAACCCGUACAAGCUGCUGGUGGACGCGAUCAUCGCGCAGUUCCGCGCCAUCGGACGCGCGUCGUGGGUGCUCGUCAACUCCUUCACGGAGCUCGAGCGCGACGUCGCCGCGGCGCUCCCGGGGGUGACUCCCCGCCCGCCGGAGCUCAUCCCCGUCGGCCCGCUCAUCGAGCUCGCCGGCGACGGCGACGGCGCGGUGCGCGGCGACCUGAUAAAGGCCGCGGACGACUGCGUGGAGUGGCUGGACGCGCAGCCCCCGCGGUCCGUGGUGUACGCGUCGGUGGGCAGCGUGGUGCUGCUCAACGCGGAGGAGGUCGGGGAGAUGGCGCACGGGCUCGCCGCCACGGGGCGACCGUUCCUGUGGGUGGUCCGGCCGGACACCCGGGAGCACCUCCCGGAAGGGUUCCUGGACGCCGUGGCCGGGCGGGGCACGGUGGUGCCGUGGAGCCCGCAGGACAGGGUGCUGGCGCACCCGUCCACGGCCUGCUUCCUCACGCACUGCGGCUGGAACUCGACGCUGGAGACCAUCGCGGCGGGCGUGCCCGUCGUGGCGUUCCCGCAGUGGGGCGACCAGUGCACGGACGCCAAGUUCCUGGUGGAGGAGCUCAGGAUGGGGGUCCGCCUCCGCGGGUCGCCGCUGCGGCGGGACGCCGUGCGGGAGGCGGUGGAAGCGGCCGUGGCCGGGGCCGAGGCAGACGCCAUGCUCGCCAGCGCCAGGAGGUGGAGCGCCGCGGCGAGGGAGGCCGUGGCGCCCGGAGGGUCCUCGGACAAGCACGUCCAGGCGUUCGUGGACGAGGUGGCACGGCGAGCGUGUGGCGUGCAAGCGGCUAAGGUCGUGCCGCCGCCGCCGCCGUCGUCAGAGACUCCAGACUCGUAGAGCAAUCAGCAGUCACCAGUUAAGAGAGUCCGAAGCUGAAAGCGAGUAAUAAUCCUGCAUGUUGUUACAGUUUCACCGUGUGAUAGUACGAACCGAAUUUUGCUUCUUCUUUUUACCGUGUGUUGACGACGACGCCUUUUUGUUUUUGUGUUGGUCGAGUGUGCAUGGAACAUUCCAAGGUGACACGUCUGUCUGCUGGUUUGGGCUUUGGGGUGUGGCCGCGCAAAAGGCAUUUUAUUGAACUUGAUCGAUCUUUAUCGAUCUUCGAAUA